UGUAGCCCUCUGCUGUGUUCUUCUUCGUCUUUCACAGACUGUUGAGUGAAGCCGAACAUUUCUCUGGACAAAUGAAACUCUAAGACAAAGUUCAGGUAAAUGGAGCAGAUGGUUUACAGAAAUGAGAUGUGAAAAUCUAAAGAAAUCAACAAACAUAUGAGAAACAGAAAAACAUCAACCUCCACAAUUCUGGUUCUCUUCAGGUCACCAAGAUGCAGAUUGUCUCCUGGCUUGGACUGUUUCUCUGGUUGCUUUAUAUCAACGAUGUGGGGGCAGCAACUUUUAAACUGGCCCUGGUUGGCCCCUGGUCCUGUGACCCCUUGUUCUCCAGAGCAAUGCCAGUAGCUGCAGCUAACCUAGCAUUAUCACGGCUAAGAAGUGACAGCUACAUGAGCAGAGGAUACUGGUACGAUGUGAAACUGCUCAAUGAGGACUGCUCUGUUUCCAAAGCAUUGACUGAGUUUGGGGAAAUGGAGGGUUACGGUCAUGCUUACAUCGGACCUUUCAACCCGACCCUCUGCCACGCAGCGUCCUUAUUCACCCAGCACUGGGAGGCAGGCCUGGCUUCUCCAGGCUGUCUGGAUGAUGACUGGCUGAACCUGCCCCCCAUAACGCCUCCUAUUAAAGUCCUCAAAACUGUCCUCAGAUUCUUCCGCUGGGCUCACGUUGCAGUCAUUUCAGCCCCAACUGAUCUCUGGGAAAGCACUGGAGAAGAAGUAGCCUCUGCGCUCCGAGCUAUGGGCUUGCCAAUUGCUCCUGUAGUUUCCAUGGAAACAAAGAACAACGACGGGGCUCGGGAGGCGCUGAACGAGAUAAGGCAGUCCGACAAAGUCAAAGUGAUCAUCAUGUGUAUGAGUUCCGUCCUGAUUGGUGGAGAGCAUCAGAGGGAACUCCUGCUGGAGGCUCUAGACAUGGGGAUGAUCGCUGACGGUUACAUCUUCAUCCCAUAUGACGCUCUGCUGUAUGCCAUGCCUUACCAGGUGAGACAACUUAAACUGCUGUUGAACUAA